GAUCACCACGAGCAGUGUUCGACGAUUGUGUUUUGUAAAACGAUGACAAACGGUCGUCUCUUGGCGCUUGCACUGACGUGCCUCGUGGCGGCGGUGCGUGGAUUAAGCUACGAAAACUAUGCCGCUUACAGGAUCGCCAUCGAGACCAGCGAGCAGUUGGCAUUACUGCAAAGCUUAGAAUCAGCUCGCAAUGGGUUUACGUUCCUAGACUACCCGGGCCAAGUGAACCAAAGCGUGGAGGUUGUGAUUGCUCCCAGCGAUGCAAAACUCCUGGUGGAUCUCCUCAGAACGCACAAGUUGCAAGCUACGUUGCUGACGGAUAACUUGCAAAAAAUCAUCGACCAAGAACGUCCGGCCCGUAGAAAGGACGAAGGCUUCGGGUGGGACGAUUACCAUACGUUGGAAGAAAUUUACGCGUGGAUCGAUGUCAUGGUGGCGCAACAUCCGUCCGUGUUGUCGGUCGAAUCGAUCGGUAGGACGUAUGAAAAUAGAGACAUGAAGGUCAUCAAGCUCUCGUACGGAUCGGGUAAUCAGGGUAUUUUCGUCGAAGCCAACAUUCAUGCCCGCGAGUGGAUCACUUCGGCCACCGUAACAUGGAUUUUGAACGAGCUGCUCACGUCAGAGGAUCCCCGUGUACGCUACAUUGCCGAAAAUUACGAUUGGUACAUCGUUCCCGUGUCCAACCCGGAUGGCUUCGAGUACACUCAUACUACGGAUCGCCUUUGGCGUAAAACGAGAACCCCGCACAACCUGCUUUGCUACGGCACGGAUCCUAACCGAAACUUCAACUUCCAGUGGAACAACGGAGGUACAUCAACGACCCCGUGCUCGGACACCUAUUCCGGACCGUAUCCGGAGUCGGAGGUGGAAGUUGCAAACCUGUCCAACUGCAUCCGCUCGGUCGCCGGAAACAUUAGGCUGUUCCUCUCGAUUCACUCGCGGGGUCAGUUAAUUCUGCUCCCAUUCGGUUACAACGAUGCACCGCGCCCUUACAACUACCAGGAUCUACUGCAAGUUGGCCGUCGUGCCUCGGUCGACAUGUACCAGCUGUAUGAAAAGCCCUACCGCGUUGGCACUACGGCCGAUGUGUUGUAUAUCGCUUCCGGCAUUGCCGUUGACUGGGCCUUUGCUGCCGCGGGUAUUCCGCUUUCCUACACCUUCGAGCUGCGCGAUCAAGGAGAGUUCGGAUUCAUACUGCCCGCCGACCAGAUUGUGCCCAACGCCGAGGAGCUACUGGAAGCAUUUGUUGGCCUCAUCGAUGAGGCAAAGGUGCUGGGUUAUAUGUGAUGGAAGCGAAACCGUCUCGAAGACGCCGCUUAUCGGAAAGUAAUAAAGGCAAUGGAUGGUCUA